CUUGACUGUACCUCGACUCGGCUCCUUUAACAGUGGGCGGUGCUUCAUCAUUCUUGACAGUGCGGGGAAAAGUAGCGCCAAAAUUCUAAAACCUUCCUAUGAACAGUGUAUCGAGUCGGACUAUACGUGCGGGUUGCCUUUCACGGUCUUUUGAUAUAUUUCAAAUAUUUUCAAAUACACUCAAAAAAUAAUUAUGUCGCGAACACCGAAAAGAGCAUGUCCCAGCCCCGAUGAUGGCAAGAAAAGAAUUAAGCAGAUUUCCAUUGAGGGCAAUAUUGCCGCCGGGAAGUCGACCUUCGUGCGCCUUUUGGAGAAGCGAAACAGGGACUGGGAAGUCGUGCCAGAGCCGAUCGCAAGGUGGUGCAACGUACAAACCAACCAAAACGAGUUUGAGGAGCUGACCACGUCUCAGAAGAGCGGAGGAAAUGUUCUCCAAAUGAUGUAUGAGAAGCCGGAGCGUUGGGCCUACACCUUCCAGAGCUAUGCCUGCAUGAGCCGCAUCAGGGCCCAGAUCAAAUCCACCAACGGGAAGCUGCGAGAGGCGGAAAACCCAGUGCAGUUCUUUGAGCGUUCUGUUUACAGUGACCGGUACAUCUUUGCCGCUAACCUGUAUGAAAGUGAGUGUGUAAAUGAGACGGAGUGGGCCAUAUACCAGGACUGGCAUAGCUGGCUGCACCAUCAGUUUGGCAAACAAAUUAAACUGGAUGGCAUCAUCUACCUGCGUGCCAAGCCUGAGCGGUGUAUGGAGCGUCUGCGUGUACGGGGGCGAGAGGAGGAGCAGGGUAUUCCACUGGAGUACAUGGAGAAGCUACACUUCAAACAUGAGAGCUGGCUCCAGCAGCGGAACCUCAGUAUGGAGUUUGAGUAUCUGAGUGAAAUUCCUAUACUUACUCUGGACGUGAAUGAAGAUUUUAAAGGAGACAUGGAAAAAUGCUCCAAUAUGAUUGAAAAGGUUGAAGAAUUCCUGAGCACUUUGUGAAGUGUGUGUGUGUGUGUGUGUGUGUGUGUGUGUGUGUGUGUGUGAGAGCUUGUGUUUUUGUGUGUGAAAGUCUCUGGGGAUCCUCCUGAGGCUGUAAGAAGAUAUACCAUGACGACUCCAGCCAGUAUGGACUUAAAAAUAUAAUGCAAUUAUUGACUUUCAAAGAAAUUCCAUACUGCAUGGACCAAUCUGUUUAUCCUUACACACCUUUCUGUUCAUUGGCUUUUUGUCAUUUAUGUGUGCUUUUCACCUUUUUUAUUUAUGCUUAAUUAUCACCUUAGUGAUGGUGAUGGUUUUUAUAUUUCAUAUGUAUUUGGAUGUUUUUAAAAUGAACUCACAUCUAAUAAAUGUUUGAGAAAUCAAACAAAAUCUGAGACCGAUGCUUGUGUGGUUUUGUAGCAGAUCUCUAAUAGGCGUGAUUAUAUCUGAGUGUAGUACAGUUUAUGAGAGUUUAGAAGGUGAUUACUGAACGUGUAGGUCCUUAAGUAAAUUUAAACUUACAUCGAUAUUGGUGCAUAAACACUGAGAACUUGUCGGUCAAUCGUUCCCAAACUGAAGGUGUUUAGUUUCCCCUUAUAUGCCUUUCCCUUGACCAUCCGAGACACUGAUACUGUGUACUGUGAUUUCUAACUCGUCUCAGUGAAGGAUCUCCAGAAUUUUGCAAAGUCUGUGCAGUAACUGUCAAGAGCUGCCUCGGUUCUCA